AUGCCUUCCCAGCAGCAGCAGCAGCAGCAGCAGUGCACACCACAAGCGCAGCAGCAAGUGAAGCAGCCCUGUCAGCCACCUCCUACCAAAUGUCAAGAGGCAUGUGUGCCCAAAACCAAGGAUCCAUGUGCUCCUCAGGCUAAGAAACAAUGCCCGCCGAAGAGCCCAGCUCAGCAGAAGUGCCCUUCUACCCAGCAAGACCCUAAGUGCAAACAGAAGUGA